AAAUAAACAAAAAAAAAAGUGUUAAUUAGACUGAGUAACCUUAAUCGGAGGAGCAGGCUGGCCGGCCGCAGUAGCAUUCCAAUUUCCACAACCUCUAUAAAUUCACAAUCCUCCUUUCAUGAAUCUUCAAUAGAAAUCUCGAAGAAUCUCCGGCUGUUUUCCGAUCCAAUGAGGCAAGCGGGGGCAUAUUCCGGCGUGAUGUACUGGAAAACAGGACCACACUCGCUGCCGUUAGCGAGGAUAAAGAAGAUCAUGAAGAAAUCGGGAGAGGAGGUGAAGAUGAUCUCCGGUGAGGCGCCGAUCGUGUUCUCGAAGGCGUGUGAAUUGUUCAUCGAAGAAUUGACGAAGAGAUCGUGGAUGAUUGCGAUGCAGAGUAAGAAGAGGAUGCUUCAUAAAGAGGAUGUGGCUUCCGCUAUUCUGGCUACGGAUGUUUUCGAUUUUCUGAUCGGAUUGAUCUUCAAUGAAACCGCCACUCCCGCCGCCACCGGAGAUCUUGGUGAAAGUGAAACUAUUUCGGUAGGUUGUUGAAACUUAAAAAGAAUGGAUUGAAGUGUUCUCCAUUUCUCUCUGUUUGGAGUGAAUUGAAAUUUCAAUUUGUCAAUCUAUGAUAAAAUGUAAAAUAUGAUUCUCAUAUCUGUGGUUCCAUUUAUAACAAACAAUUUCAGUUAUGUCU